AUGGCUCAUGCAUAUUCUAGUUUGUUUGUCAAAGUUAGUGAAGGGAAGUUGGCAAUAGUGUUGGUAUAUGUAGACGAUUUGAUAAUCACUAGAGAUGAUAGUGAAGAAAUCCUCCAAAAAUUUGGAAUGCUCAAUUGUAAGACCAUCACUAUACCAGUGGAACCGAACACCAAGUUUUGUGCUUAUGAAGGGAAAGACUUAGAAGAUAGGUUGAUGUAUCAGCAACUUGCAGCGAGUCGAUAUAUGCAGAACCCCAAGAAACAACACUUGGAAACAGUUCGACGAGUUCUAAGAUAUGUGAAGGGUACUCUUAAUUAUGGUCUUCUAUAUAAGAAAGGUGAGGCUUGCAAACUAGUUGGUUAUUGUGAUGCUGACUAUGCAAGGGAUCACGAUACACCAUCAACCACUGGCUCUGUAUUCAAGUUUGGUUCAGGGACAAUUUCUUGGUGUAGUAAAAGACAACCAACUGUGUCCUUAUUGACAACAGAGGCAGAAUAUAAAGCAGCAACUAUGGCAACCCAAGAAAGUACAUGGUUAGUGCAACUUAUGGAAGAUUUGCACCAAAAAAUUGAUUAUGCAAUACCCCUCUAG